AUGAGUGUGGUCCUGUUUGCCGUCCAUAUCGUUCCAGUAGAUUCAAAACGCACAUGGUUCGGAUAUUUCGCAUUCUCGGAUUCCGUCCUCACGGUGGUCCAAGAUGACUACGAACUCCGAAGUUAUGCGUAUGAAGCUGACAUUGUUGACGUCGCGUGCACACGAUGCCAUGUUAUUGUGGCUCUUGAAGGCGAUGUUUGCAUUAUUUCUCAUAUCAACUUUAUCGAAAAUGGCGUGAAAAUCGUACCCGAAAAACAAUCGCUUCGAAACGUCAGAAUUCGACAGCUGAGUGAUUCUAGAAUUCCUACUAGAUUUCGCGAGCACGCUUGCAUUGAUCCGAUCGUCAUUGCGAGCAUGAGAAGAGCUUAUUACAUUCAGCGAGAUGAGGACGCGGGGGUCACAAAUCUUUUCAAAAUUUUUGAGAAUGAUGGUUUCAAGUGCGAAGAAGUGAAAACGAAGAUUCCUGGAAUGGUUGUACAAUGUGCUUCGGGAUCAGACUUUUUCCUUUUUUUGACUGACAGAAAGGUAGUUUAUUCAAUGGGAACUGGACUACAUGGUGAAUUGGGUCGAGGAAUAAUUGUCGAUGAGGCGGAACCAACGGAAGUCAAUGUUCCUGAUGAGGAGGUUUGGAAAAUCGCCGCGGGAACCUGGCACGCUGCAGCUCUUACUAAAAAAGGAGAUCUUUAUGUUUGGGGCUGGAAUAAAUAUGGUCAAUUGGGAACAGAUGUACGUUGCUUCGAAUCGCUUUUCUAUUCGUAUUUGAAGGAUUUCAUUGAGCCGUAUCCGUAUCCAGUAGAUCCGUUCGAGUUGUUCAACAUCGAGGAAGACGCAAUUACCGACGUCAUCGCUGAUAGAUUCUCGACGAAAAUUAUCAUUGAACGUGACGGAGGCCAUCAAAUUUUUACAUUGGGCUCAAAACCGAGAAUGCACGAGAGCGAAAUGGUUGAGGAGGAUAGGGAAUAA